AUGAGCACCUACCUCCUCCUUCUCCUCUCCUCCAAGAGCAGCAAGGAUGGCGCCAAGUCGAUCAUCGAUCACCCACUCACCUCCCACACCGAGAUCCUCCGACAUCCAAUCAAAUGGUGGAAAUCGGGCUCGAAUCUCAACGUCGAGACUGUGCUUGCGCUAACUUAG